AGUUAUCCAGCGGCGGGUCACCUGGAGCCGGGGACGCAGGACGGCACCCGACGGAGCACACACCACGCCCGCAGAAAGAGUAAUGGUGCGGCACGUGACUGGGCUGGGAGCAGUGGCCGCGCUGGCCGCGCUCGUCUGCUUCGCACUCUGCUGGGUCUCAGCCUCUGCCGCCAGUCUCCACCUGGACGAUGGAGAAAGAAAACCAUGGAUGGACGAAAUGGAGGCCAACCUACAGAACGACCUCUACCUGAGCGAGCUGGUCAGCCGGCUGCGCGCGCUCAACGACGCCGAGGUGGCCGGACUCGCCCACAAGCGCGGUUUUGACUUCGGCCUGGGCCGCGGAUUCUCGGCCUCCCAGGCCGCCAAGCACAAGAUGGGUCUGGAGGCGGCUGAGUUCCCCAGCGGCCCCGGACGCAGGCGGCGCUCCCUGGAGCAAGACCUGAGGCACUAGAUGAUGCAACACUCCCUCCGCUCUCCCUCUCAGCAAACCCCCUCCCUCCCCCCUUCCGCUGGACGACGGCCGCGGUCAGCUCCGCGGCCUGUGCCGCUGCGUACGGCGCAGCCGAGUAGUUCCGCGGUCACUGAUGCGUCUAGCAGGACCUACUGCAGCUCAUUCUGAGCAGGAUUUUGUGAAGAACACUCCUGGCUUUAGUAGAGAAUAUGCUAGAUCGGCAUAGAGCAAUGUCGCAACGAGAGAGACAGCUGCUGGCGGGAUAGCGAGUCCAUGGACACACUAGAAGAGAGGCUGGAAAUGAAGGCUGAAUAAAAUUCGGUUAUCACUUUUUCCGAACAUGUAAAAGUGAUUUAUUGAAAUACUUACUUCAGCGAGAGCCAUACGACUUGAUUUUACUAUCGUAGAAUGAAGUGAACAACAGGAAUCGCAUGCAAUUUUAGGGCGCCGGCUAAACGGUUUUUGUGUUGUUGCAGCUAAGUUGAUUAGCCCGGUGAAUGCCACUGCAUCAAGUGUUAUUGAUGUGUUGUUAGUGUACCUGGUAGUACCCAAUUGGCGUACUUACGAGAUAUACAAAUUGUGCCACAUUGCAUGUACCUAUAUUUAAUGUUCAGUUGCUGGGUACGAGGGGUCCACUGAAAAAUGUGUACGAACAGCUUUGCUGGUCUCAAUGCGAGCUUACCGUUUCAGAAACAACGACUACCAAAGACACUGAGCGGCAGCUGGCCUAUUAUAUGUCUAUUUUAAGGCCACAUCCAUGGUAAAACAAACCUUAGGGAUGAUGUUCGGCACUGAUUUUGGACAGCACUGUCGACAGACAGGCAAUGAAGUGUUUUGCGGGUUGUGAUGGAACUACCCGCGUGAUUCAACUGAUCGGCUUCUCACUCUGGAUAUCGUAGACAUGCUGUAUACAUGAUUGCAGAUUAGAGUACCCAUAUUGUGUUACUCCAUUUAUCACGAAAUAAACAUAUUUUGUUGAAA